UUCUCCUAGGCAGCCUCUCCCCCUUCCGCCGGUUGCCAGGCAGACACACCUCUCCAAACGGAGCCCGCUGCUCACCUCUUCUCUUCCAGCGCGAGGUGGCUUUUCCACGGCUUCCUGGAAAAGACACGCGUUUUUAACAAGAUGGGAAAUCGCCGGCGGCUGUUGCUGAUUUCCAACUCCACUCUCUACGGAGGAGGCUAUCUAGACCACUGCCAGGAAAAACAGAUCAAGACCUUCCUGGGGGCGCAGGUGAGGAAAGUUUUGUUUGUCCCCUAUGUUCUUCAUGACCAAAUUGCAUAUGCUACACUGGCAAGGGAGAAGCUGGAAAGUUUAGGCUAUGGAUUAGACAGUAUCCAUGAAUCAAGCGAUCCCAGAGAAGCUGUAACAAAAGCUGAGGCAAUAUUUAUUGGUGGUGGCAAUACUUUUCGUCUUUUGAAAGCUCUUUACGACAAUGAUUUGAUACAGCCAAUCAGAAAACGAGUUCUUGAGGAUGGUAUCCCAUACAUUGGAUCCAGUGCAGGAACCAAUGUAGCAACCAUAAGCAUCAACACAACAAAUGAUAUGCCCAUUGUGUAUCCACCUUCUUUGACAGCUCUCCAAUUGGCUCCUUUCAAUAUCAACCCACAUUACUUGGACACAGAUGUUAAUAGCACUCAUAUGGGGGAAACUCGUGAAAAAAGGAAUAUGCAGUACCAUGAAGAACCAGAUACACCUCCAGUGUUAUUCAACUUUUGAGCCUCAAAGGAACCA